AUGAUUCUGCAAGCCUUCAUCAUAGCGGCCGUCGUGUACGUGCUGAUCACUCACAUGAUCGAGCGCAAGAAGCUGCAGAAGAUGAACAAACAUUUCCAGGGACCGAAGCCGCUGCCGGUGAUCGGUAAUCUGCUCGAGUUUGCCUUCAAAGAUAUCCCUGGUAUUUUCGAGCGCGUUGUCGAACUGCACAAAGAGCAUGGACAGGACUAUAUGAUGUGGUCACUGUUUAACUGGACGAUCAUCAUGAUGACCAGCCGGAAGAACGUCGAGAAGGUGCUGCUCGCCAAACAGACGCAGAAAGCGCUCUUGUACCAGUUCAUCGAACCUUGGCUCGGUACCGGUCUGCUGAUCGCGAGUGGUGAGAAGUGGUUCCAGCGGCGCAAGAUCAUCACACCGACGUUCCACUUCAAGAUCCUGGAGCAGUUUGCGCGCGUCUUCAACAAGGAAUCGGACAUCAUGGUGCAGCAGCUACGGAAGCACGUGGGCGGCAAAGAGUUCGACAUCUACGACUACGUGACAUUGAUGGCUCUCGACAGCAUCUGCGAGACCUCGAUGGGUACGUCAGUGAACGCGCAGCACAACCCCAACAAUCAGUAUGUGCAGAAUGUCAAGCGAAUGGCAAUGCUGGUGUUACUGCGAACCAUCAGCAUCGUGGGUCCCUAUCCGACACUCUACAACAUCUUCCAUCCAAAUGCCUGGGAGCAACGACGGGUCGUCAAACAGCUGCAUGACUUCACGGACAACGUGAUCCGUAGCCGACGCGCACAGCUGGCCAAAGAGAAGGCCGAAAACGUGGAGUUCGACUUGAACGAAGAGAACCUGUACUCGAAGCGUAAGCUCACCUUCUUGGAUCUACUGCUCAAUGUGUCCGUCGAGGGCAAACCGCUCAGUAACUUGGACAUUCGCGAGGAAGUGGACACGUUCAUGUUCGAGGGCCACGACACGACCACCAGCGGUAUAUCGUUUACGAUCUACGAGCUCGCCCGGAACCAGGAUGUGCAGCAGCGCGUGUACGAGGAGAUCGUUUCCGUGCUCGGCAAGGACCAUAAGACGGCUGAGCUGACGUACCAGAAUCUGCAGGAGUUCAAGUACCUCGAUCUCGUGGUGAAGGAGGGCCUACGCAUGUACCCGCCGGUUGGCAUCAUCGGUCGAGAAGUGGUCGAAGAUCUCGAGCUCAAUGGAACCAUCGUACCGGCCGGACAGAACAUUCUCGUGCCGAUCUACGUGAUCCACCGUAAUCCGGAGAUCUAUCCGAACCCGAACAAGUUCGAUCCGACGCGCUUCUCGGAAGACGCCGAAUCCAAGCGAGGUCCUUUCGACUAUCUACCCUUCAGUAUCGGUGCGCGUAACUGCAUCGGCCAGCGGUACGCGCUAAUGGAGCUGAAGGUCAGUCUGAUCAAGCUUAUCGCCAACUAUCGCAUCCUGCCGGGUGAAUCGCUCGGCAACCUGCGCAUCAAGACUGACCUGGUGUUGCGUCCCGAUAUCGGCAUCCCUGUCAAAAUAGAGCUCCGCGAGUGA